AUGAGGAUAAAGAAGAAGGGCACCACCGGAGCCGUGACCAACUACGUGUCUCGCACCAAGGCGAUCAAAAAGCUGCAGUUGUCGCUGAAGGAUUUCCGUCGCCUAUGCAUCCUCAAGGGCAUCCACCCUCACGAACCCCUUCACAAAAAGACCGUCAACAAGGGUAGCAAUGAGAGCAAAGUGUGGUACUACGUCAAGGACAUCAACUUCUUGAUGCAGGAGCCCAUCAUCAACAAAUUCCGCGAGCAAAAGAUUUUCCUGCGCAAGCUGAACCACUACAAAGCUAAACAAGAAGAUGAUAAGGUGAAGAAGUUGUUCGAGAACCGCCCUAUCUACUCGUUGGAUAUUAUUGUCAAGGAACGGUACCCGACGUUUGGAUCUGCACUCCGUGAUCUCGACGAUGCUCUGUGCCUCGGGUUCCUUUUCGCCCGUUUGCCGCACACGAAGCUCAUUCGAUCGGAGACGAUUUCCGAGUGCAAGCGCCUUACAACCGAGUUCAUGCACUACGUCAUCGAAUCUCAUUCCUUGACGAAUACGUUCAUCUCGCUGAAGGGCAUCUACUACCAGGCGAUCAUCUGCGGCGAGAAAAUUACCUGGAUUGUGCCGCACGAGCGCGGAUUUGAGACGGCCCACCACGUCGAUUUUUCACUGAUGGCCGUUUUUGCCGAGUUCUACGUCGCCAUGAUGGGCUUCGUCAAUUACCGUUUGUAUCAGAUGUUGGGUCUCUACUACCCACCGACAAUCCAGUCGCCCAAGGCCGCCAUGGAAACGAAUGCUGAGGAGGAUUUGGACAAGGUUUACUCACUUUGUCGUCCUAUUGCUCGCAAAGAGGAACCCGGCAAUGAUGAGGAGGACGAAAUUUUGGAUGGUGACGAUGAGGACGAUUCGGUUUCGCGACUGAAGGAGGCUAAGCGCAUCCGCACGCUUUUCCAAGGGUGUACAUUUUUCAUCAACCGCGAAUGCCCGAAGGAAGCGAUCGCUUUGGUCGUGAGAAAUUGCGGUGGCAAGGCGACUUGGGAAAAUGCUCCGGUUGAGCUGACGGGCAUCACACAUCACAUUGUCGAUCGUCCGAUGACGAAUGUUGACGUCAACCGUAUCUACGUCCAGCCCCAAUGGGUCUUUGACUCGUUGAACGCGCGCAGAAAAUUGCCGACGAAACCCUAUCUGCCCGGAGAGACUCUGCCACCGCAUUUUAGUCCGUUCGUCAAGGAGAGACCGGGCGAUUACAUUCCGAUUGAGCGUAUCGAGGAACUUCGCAGUCUUGGCGAGGAUGUGGACAAUCUAACCAUCCAGCCGCAAGCUUCUGGCGCGACGGCUGCGAAGCCAAAGGCCAAGGCCGAGCCCAAGGAAAAGAAGAUGGAAGUCGUCUCUGGAAAGAUGCACAAGAAGAACAAGCAACAAGUCAUCAAUCAAAAGGGCGAGGAUAAGAAGAUGCGCGAGUUGAUGUUGAAGAAGAAACACGUCCGAGUUUACGACAAACUUACCAAGGGAAUCAAGCGUCGUCGUGGAGAAGCAAGCAAGCUCGCCGAUAAGCGCCGCCGUCUCGAAAGUACCGCGAAA